AUGGUCAACCAGGUGUCAGAGUACCCUGCUGAGCAAACGUUCCAGUACCAGCAUAGCCUGCCUCCUCUCCCUGUACCGUCUCUAGAGGGGAGCGUCGCCAAGUACCUGGAUGCAGUGCGGCCGUUUGUUACAGAGGAGGAGUACCAGGUGACUGCAGCCGUAGUGAAGAGGUUUGGAGAGGGCAUCGACAAAGACCUGCACCAAAAACUACUGCAGAGAGCCAGGACACACAGGAACUGGGUACACACACUCAACACACUGCACAGCUAG